AUGGCCGGUCCUGUCCCACGCCCGCGCCACACCCCCUCCCCUCCGGCGCUCCCUGCCCGGCUUGGCCCCGCUGCCCCGGCUCCCGCUCCCCGGCCCGGCUCUUGCGUCCCUUCCCUCGCCCUCCCCGCCCCUCGGCGUGGCUCCCCCCGCAUUAUGUCCAUCUUUUUGUCUUCCUGUUGUUUUAGAUCCCACCAAAGCUCGGCCUGCCCUCCCCACGCUGCUGGACAGCCCGGCUGGUCGUUCCUGAACAUGUCCCGGAAGGAUCCCUGCCAGAAACAAGCCUGUGAAAUACAGAAAUGCUUGCAAGCGAACAACUACGUGGAGUCCAAGUGCGAAGCUGCGCUGCAGGAGAUGCGGAAAUGCUGCGCUCGGUACACCAAGGGCAGGUCCAUCUGUUGUUCAGGGUUUGAGAGAGAAGAAAGGGAGAGAGAAAAGGCUAAGCUGGCUUCAAAAGGAAUUUCCCCACCACCUCAGUAACACAAUGCAGCUCCGGCAGGCGCUGGAGCACGGACUCACUUGAAGAGCUCGUGUGUGUUUAUUCAAGCCUUCUUUAGACUUUCAGAAAAGCCAGACUGCUCCUGGAACACACCGUUCAGCACACCAAAAAGCAUUACACAGUACCAACAUAUGGCCUGGUUAACAAACUUUAUUUUCUGUACGAAAACACAAUCUACGUUGCCUCUGCAUCACACCUGUGAAAUGUCAACUUGAUGUUUUUAGGAUGCUUACCUUACUCUAAUCCAUCCUUGCUCUAAAAAUGGAGAAUUGGAGCCGAGUUGUUCUGGCUUCUGGAGCGAGAGGUACAGGAAAUGAGCUCAGAAGAGUGAGUUUAAACAUGAAACAAACCCAUCUUGAUACAACAAAGGUAUCGCUGCCACCGUGCAGUAGUUCCAGACAACAUUUGCCUGUCCAGUGGUUCAAGCUCAAGAAUGGGCAUCAGGUCUGAUGAUUGUUCCUAAGUCUUGUAUAGAUCACGAGUGACUACAAGUCACUUUGCCUAAGUGCCUCACUUUUCCACUGGACAGAGUUGUUUAUUUUAUAUUUGAAUUGCCUACACGCUGCUAUUUGCAUGAUAAAGAUGUUACAGGAAUAUAAUUUCAGGGAUUGCUACAGGGAUAGGAUAUUUUUUUAAAAAAGCAAUAUUCAUUUGAAAGAUUUGACUGUUGAUACAAAAUUUAUAAAUUUAUGUCUAAUUGAACACCUUUAAGCAAUAUGCUUUGAAUCCAAGUCUAGUUAAAACUGCUGAUACCCAAAGGCCUGUCACAGAGCCCUGGGCUAGAUCCAAGAACUGACUUAGGUGCUGCUUACUGAACAAGCAGUUGUAGGCAGUUAUUUUCCACACAACAUUCCAGACUCACUCCCAAGCCGGCUGUGUCUGGACCCCAGGAGAGAUGGCUUUCCAGAAGCUCUCGGCCACGCAGCAGAAUUUCCUGUGACCUGUAGGAAGAGCUCAUAGACAGGUUCCUGCACCACCCCUCAGAGCUGCCUGUCUGCUGUCACCUCUAGCAGGAGUCCAGGCACCCAAAUAUCAGGCUCCCAACCCACUAGCCCUAACUCUGUAUUAGAUCUAGCCGUAAAGGACUUUUGUGCUGUGAUGAAGUACAACUUACUUAUGAAAUAGAGCUUCUAUAAACCACUGAGGUCUAGGCACAAUAGUUGUGUGUACUGAAGCCUAGAAGAGCAAACCAUCUGUAUUCACUGCUCUGAAAUACCAUGGUACAAAAUAAACGACUGGAACAAA